AUGGCCCACCCCGUCCGUUGCCGCAGUGGUGCAGGGCGAAAGCCCAAGUGGCCGUUCAUGGAGAAAGCGGUCUACCGAAAGUUCCUUUCCCAUCGCGGGAAAGGACUUCCGAUGCGCGUGCUCGACUCCUACCCCCCGAAUCUCAUAGUGAACGCAGAUCAAACUCCUCUGUUCCUCGAGAUGCCUGCCGAGCGCACCCUCGAGAUGACAGGAGCGCAUACCGUGCAUGUGCACACCGCGAGCUACGAAAAGGAGCGCCUCACCGUCAUGCUGGUGGUGACAGCGGGCGGAUUGAAGCUCCCUCCCUUCGUCGUCUUCAAACGGAAGACGCUGCCGCAAAUCCCCGUGCCCCGAGACGCGGCGGAGGUGGAGGUGCUGGAGGAUGUGUGCGAGGAGGAGCUGGACGAGCUCAUCCCCAACCCCUUCUACCCUGACCCUGCUGCCGCUGCUGAGAAAGACGGCGCUGCUGCCGUGGCAGAAGCUGGAGAGGGAGGGUGGACGGGUGAGGACUCUGAGGAGGAUGCCGACUACGAGGUCGAUGAGGAGGAGAUUGAGGAUUCCUCGGACGAUGAGGAGAGUGAGAAGUCCUCGGACAAUGAGGAGAGUGAGGAGGAGGGUGAGGCUGAGGAGGUGGGAGUUGGACAGGAAUGGGAUGAUGAUGACGAGUGGUGGGCAGAAGGGCGAUAUGACGGGGAGGAGGCGGAUGUAUGGGUUGCUGGGCAGGACGAUGAGUAG